AUGCCUCGUUCUUCUCGUGUUGGUGAACUCCAAUACAAUCCUGAGAUCGAAAACACAGUUUGCUGGUUGAGGAAAGAAGCUAAGCAACAUCGCAACCAAUCGACAUCACUCCCAUCUCCCGGGGUGAAGUUGGCAAUAGACCUCGUCGAGUCAUUUGACAAUUCUGAAGAAGAAGUCAUGGCCAACAUCGACGAAAGAACUCUUAGAGAGCUAGUUGCACCGUAUCUGAAUCAACAACCACUCUGCAUCGAAUAUAUAGAUCUAACGGUACCUUUUGAUCUGAAAUCCAGUCUUAUCCACUUACUUCCUACUUUCCGUGGACUUUCAGGUGAAGAUCCCCAUAAACACUUAAAAGAAUUUCAUGUAGUCUUCUUGAGCAUGAUACCUCAAGGUGUUACCGAAGAGCAGAUCAAGUUGCGUGCCUUUCCUUUCUCACUAGCUGACAAAGCUAAGGAUUGGCUUUUCUACGCACCCUCCGGUUCUAUCACUACAUGGAAUGAGAUGAAGAAGCUGUUUCUUGAAAAGUUCUUCCCUGCAUCACGAGCUGCUAAUAUCAGGAAGGAAAUCUGUGGGAUAAAACAGUUCAAUGGAGAGACUCUCUAUGAGUAUUGGGAGAGAUUCAAGCAACUAUGUGCAAGCUAUCCUCAACAUCAGAUUCCGGAUCAACUCCUUAUCCAAUACUUUUAUGAAGGAUUCUUGCCAAUGGAUAGGAGUAUGAUCAAUGCUGCAAGCGGAGGAGUGUUAGUGAAUAAAACUCCUACUCAAGCAAGGGAACUAAUUGCAAACAUGGCCGCCAAUGCACAACAGUUCGGCAAUAGACAAGAGUUCAUCCCGAGGAGAGUCAAUGAGGUAAGUACUUCCUCCAUUGAUCAACGAUUAGAUACUCUCACCUCUCUUGUGGAAAAUUUGGUGGUAGGUCAUGUACAACAAGUAAAGACUUGUGGCAUUUGUUCCACUACGGGUCAUCCAACUGACAUGUGUCCUACACUUCAAGAUGAACCCUAUGAACAAGCCAAUGCUGUUGGAGGAUUCCCACAAAGGAGAUAUGAUCCCUAUUUAAAUACUUAUAAUGUAGAAUGGAGGGAUCAUCCUAAUCUCAACUAUGGAGCCAAGCCCUUCGGUUUCCAACAAUAUCAAGCUAGACAACCAGCUCCGCAACAUUCAUCUUCCAAACCAGGUAUGUCUUUAGAUGAAAUUGUUAAGGCACUUGCAACUAACACCCAACAAUUUCAACAGGAGACGAGAACCAGCAUCCAAAACCUGGAGAAUCAAGUGAGCCAAUUGGCAACUGCUGUGAGUCGAUUGGAAUCUCAAGGAUCAAGAAAACUACCCUCACAGACCAUAGUCAACCCUAAGCAAAAUGCUAGUACUUUAAGAAACGGAAAGGAGCUCAACACCGAUUAA